AUGCUGCUUGAGUACAUCAGUGAGACAUUUCAGAUGGAUAGGUUGCAAUCUUUAGCCAUGAUCAACACUCCGAGUCUCCACACUGUUAAGAGUUUUGACUUGAGAGUCUUGCCGAUUUUAACACACAUGACUAUUGACAACCUUGAGAACGUGGAGAGCUUGAGAAUUGCGGACACCUCGUUAGUAAGUUUUACUGAGGUGAAUACCUCAAACAUGACCAGUUUUGACAUCAAUAACAAUCGUUACAUGGAAACAGUAAGUGCAGAUGUUGAGUUGGUUACCAGUCACUUCCAUAUCGCAGGUAAUGGAAGAAAUAUUAGAGUUGAUGUCAAAAAUUUGAAGACAGCAAAUAAUGUGACGGUUUCCAAUGUUGAAAGCCUCAACCUAGACAGCUUGGAAGAGGUACAAGGGUCGGUGAGUAUUUUGGAAAACAAUUUCUCAGUUUUGUCACUUCCACAACUUCAGAAAGUAGGCGGAUCAAUGCGUUUGGCAGAUAACCGUGCCUUGGCUAGGGUGCAGAUUGGCGCUCUCAAAGAUAUUGAUGGCGGACUUCUGAUUGUGAACAACACUCUCUUGAAUGACAUCAGUUUUCUACCAAAGCUUACAGUCAUUGGGGGUGGGCUUGACGUCGAGGGCAAUAUUGUCACUACUCUGUGGCCUAGCUUGAAGUUUAUCAAGGGGGCAGCCAAAAUCACCACAACAAAUGUAGACUUUGAUUGCAAUCAAUGGUUGCACAGCGAAGUCAGCGAAGCCAUGAGAGGUGGCGACAUUCAAUGUCGGGCGACAGGAAAGCCCGUUGUCACCAGGGGAGCUAGUGGCAAGAAUUCGAGUACCUCGAGAGAUGAAAGCGAUGAAGCAACAUCAGCAGCGUCUAGAACUAGCUUCACUCGUAGCACGUUAAUUGGAAGCUUGACCGUGGUGCUCCUCGCUUUAACAGGAAAUAUUAGUUUGUUUUAUCCGAGAUCACUCGGUGUAUAG